UAGAUUGCUUGAUCCCGGAUCGUGUGGGGUCCGCCAAGUCUGAAUGCGCACAAGGGCCGUCCAGGGCCUUGGGUUGCCACCAAGCAUGAAUUCUGGUGCAAGCUAAAUUCAGAAGCGACUGACUCCUCACGUGGCCGCAUGGAUGCUGAACGUGUUCGACAAACCCAAGGCCCACCCACUCAUUUGUCCGCUUCGUCGCAACCCGCGAUCGAUCCGGUUUCUUUCCAUCACGUACGUCCUGGCACUAGCGGCAAGCAACGUCGUCUGUGGAUAAUACUACAAGGUAAACCCAACUCCCAGUCGUCAUGCAAAGGCGAGCAAUAGUUCACAAUGUCACAGAACCUAGGUCAUUGCGUCCUACCGAUUGCCCUGCCUGAGCAAGCAGCCAUGACACAUCCAAACUCUUUCGCAUUUGACGACUUUGUCGUUUGGCCGCCGUCCGAGCCUCCCGAUUCGCUCGCCAAUUACACGACUGACACCCCGACGGACCGUUUAUCGUCCGGGACCUCUCCGUCAACGGACGUCGAUGUCGACGAUGUCGCCUUGGCUAGCCAAAGCACAGCGCGACGCGAUCGGGCGCUGUCAUUUGUACAGCUGGCUGACUGGCAUGCAGCCUUGGCAUACGACGAACAUCCACCUACCUGUAUCCACUAUUCAAUCGAAUGGAAGUUGACAGUCAAUAAUAGAAUGGCCGCGAAAGACACCGAGCAGGACCUGGUUCUUGUGCCUCACGCUUUUUGGGAUACAUUUCUGCAGCCCAAGCUCGAGAAGCUUCUCGAUAAAAAGCUCCCACCGAAUAAAGCAUACAAGGCCGAAGAAACCAAUGUUGUGCUAUCCGUCACGGAUCGCUCAGAGCGGGACCUCGUCAAGCGGUUUGACGAACUGGACAUCGAGUGGCCCAUCCUGGAGAGGCAGCUCCAGGCAUGGAGUAUGCUGUUUCGUGCCGGGAAGAAGCUCAGAAUCCAGAUGUCGUUCAAAUACGUCGAGACGAGCCGAUCACGGAACGCGACAGCGCGGCAGGGUACCAAACGAGUGUUUUCGUCCACCUCUGAGCAGAUGCUCUCCGAGCGAGCCAUGCAGCUUGAUGCUGAAGAAGUCUCAGGCCAUCCGCCCAUCUGGCGUGAAGUGUAUAAUCUGAUGCGAUGCCCCGGGCCACCCUGCCACCUAGGACCUUACUGCUGGCGUGACUCCAUUGGAAAGAGGCACUACAAGCUGAAGACCCACCACCUGAGAAACCUCAUCAAAUGCGUAGAACAAGGAUGCAGUUUACAAACCCACGACGAUAUGCCACAUGAAAUCCGCGAACAACUGUAUGCUGAGGAGGCGCAGUAUACGGAGCGGCAAAGGAAGCAAGGGGCCUCCCACGCCAACUUUCCGCCCAUUAACAUCACCAACGUCAUGCCCACAGCCCCUCAGGCCUCAAUGCUGAGUUCGGUGCCGGCAACACCCGAAUCCACAGGGCUAGUAUCAUGUGAUCAUUCCACUCGGCUUGAAAUACCGGGGCUGCGUGAUAUCGCAGUCAAGCGGUAUUGCGAUUGGCAAUGCUCGCAGGUUGGUGAUGAAGCUUUGAAGAUGGAGUACUGGAAGGCUUGUGAUUUGACACUGGCCGAUGGUCUGGACCUUGAGCAGGUUUAUAAGGAUCAAGAUGCUGCGUUUUAUAUUGACAACGGCGUGAAGAGAGGCAUUGCUCGGCGGUUUGUUAGUGACAUUGGUACGUGGGCUCAGCAACAAAGCCUCUAGUCUAGAUGCAAGUGUUUGUUUAAAGAUAA